AUGGCUACCCGUCGCCCAGCCUCCUCUCGUGCCAGGCUAAACAACAACAGCGCCGUUCCUCAACCUCCGCCACCGCGAUCGCGUUCCGUCAUGUCCAAAACUACUCUUUCACACACAACUGACGACGGUUCUAACAGCCUUGCGGCCUCAUCCAGCAAGCAAGGCGCCUCUGACACUGCAGCCGCCAAUAUCCAAGUUGUUAUUCGAUGUCGACGUCGUUCAGAUCGUGAGGUUCAGGAAAAUUCACCCAUCAUUGUCAGCUCAGACGCUGCGAAAUCCAAGGAGAUAUCCAUAGAGGCGUCUGUCGCUCUGUCCAGUUUGGGCGUCGUAACCUUACCGCCGUCGCGAACCUAUCCGUUUGACUUGGUCUUUGGUCCUGAAGCCGACCAAGCGAUGAUUUAUCAUGAUGUUGUCAGUCCUAUGCUUGACCAAGUGUUGAUGGGAUACAAUUGUACGCUGUUUGCCUACGGUCAGACUGGAACUGGCAAAACGUAUACAAUGCAAGGAGACCUAACCUCUACUCCAAUGGGAAACCCCUCCCCCAAUGCUGGCAUGAUACCUCGCGUGCUUUUCCGGCUUUUUCACCAACUGGAUUCCUCCCGUUCAGAUUAUAGUGUGAAAGUGUCGUAUGUGGAGCUAUACAACGAAGAACUUCGCGACUUACUCGCGAACGACCUGAGCGGCCCGAUAGGCUCGAUUCAACCGAUGGGGAUGGCCGCUAAAGACAAAGUUCCAGACAGUGGACUCAAAAUAUUUGAUGAUGCCAACAAACGCGGUGUCUUUAUCCAGGGUCUUGAAGAAAUUCCUGUAAAAAACUCCAAAGACGCACUAGCCCUUUUGACCAAAGGAAGUGAACGACGCCAAAUUGCAGCUACCAACUUCAACGACCAUUCUAGUCGAUCACAUUCGGUUUUCUCGAUCACAGUGCACACGAAGGACACAACUCUUGGGGAAGAUUUGCUUAAAAUUGGCAAGCUCCACCUAGUCGAUUUGGCUGGGUCAGAAAAUAUUGGGAGGUCAGGGGCUGAGAACAAACGAGCCCGUGAGGCCGGAAUGAUUAAUCAAAGCCUGUUAACUCUUGGCAGAGUUAUCAAUGCCCUUGUGGAUAAAGCCCAACAUGUUCCAUAUCGUGAAUCGAAGCUAACUCGCCUCCUUCAAGACUCACUCGGAGGUCGUACCAAAACCUGUAUUAUCGCAACCAUUUCCCCUGCUCGCUCGAACAUCGAAGAAACUCUGUCUACGCUUGACUACGCUCUGCGGGCUAAAUCCAUCCGUAACAAGCCAGAGCUCAACCAGCGUAUGACGAGAAACUCCCUGCUAAAGGAGUAUGUUAGUGAGAUUGAGCGUCUCAAAGCUGAUCUCCUGGCAGCGCGAGAAAAACACGGGAUAUUUUUUUCAGAGGAGUCAUGGAAUCAGCUCAAUGCUGAGCAAGAGUUGAAGCAGGCAGAAAUCCUCGAGGCAAAGAAGCAGGUACAAAUUGUGGAGAGUCAGAUGAGAAACGUACGGGAAGAAUUCGAACAAAGUAUCGCCUUACUCAUGAAGAAAGAUAACGAGCUGAAGGAAACCAAAGAAAAGUUGAAGGAGACAGAGGACGCCCUGGUUGAUCGAGAAAGAAAACUGGAGACGGCGAUAGGGGCGCUGGAAGAAGAGGAGAUUGUUAGAAAGACAUAUCAAGCCACCGAAGUGGUCCUUGAUGAGGUCGCGACCGGGUUGAAACGAACCACUGCCCAGGGAUUAUCCGAUGUUCAAAGAUUGUUCGAGAAGCUCGAUCGGAAGGCAAGCGUUCUGAAUACAAACAAGCAGAUCGUUACGAGUAACGAAAGCAUCAUUACAUCAACAGUCGGCAAUGUUGCAAAUGCUCUCGCCGACUUUACUCGAGCAUUUUCGCAAAGUAUGAGCAAAAUGCAAUCCGAAACGGAACAAUUUCGCUCAUCGGAGCUCAAGAAAUUGCUCGACCAUACAGAACAGAUUGAUGACCAAUUCCGUCGCACCCGUGAACUCUUGGAUUUCAUUCAGUCUCAGAAUAAUCUCGAGAAGGAAGGAACUGACCAGGCGUGCCGUGAUCUACAACUUAAUCACCAAAACUUUGAAUCCGAGUUUCUUGGCCGCGUCAAAACGCUGAAAACAACCUUUGAGCAAAUGUGUUGUCAAACCCUCGCUGCUGGCAAUAGUCAAGCAUUAGCGAUGGAAACAUCUCUCGACGCUCUGCAUACUCUGAUGGAUGGCGUCUUGCGACAAGCGACAAACGACAUCACUCAGGGCAGUCAAGCUAUCUCGGAGGUCAAGAUUUUGGCGAAUACCGCCGCAUCUGAAGAAAUUGCACGCCUCAAACAACAGAAUGAGGAGCUUAGUCGACUGUUGGAUCGUGGUCGAGUGGAUGCCGAAAAAGCCAAGGAUGAGUUGGUGAAGCGGGUAUCAGGGUUGCUGGGCGGCUUUUUGAAUGAAAGGCAAGUGUUCUUGAGAACCGCAAUCGAAGAAGUACAAGCCGGAAACGCGAAGGCCGGAGAGUCACAUCAAUUAGCGCUUGAAAAACAGCACGAGAUCUGGUGCGACAUGGAAAACAGAGUUGCCAGCAGUGAAUCUGUUAUUAACAGGACGGGCAAAGAUCUGAAGCGACUAAGGGAUGGUACUUUCAAAGUGAAAACCCUCUUGUGGAGAUCUUACAGAGGUUCCAUAAAGAUGCUCAAUUUUCACCGAGCAGCCUUUGAAGAACAAAUUCACACUAAGCGAGCAAGGCUCGAGGCAAUGGACACUUUGCAAACUGACCUUGAAACGAACCACUCCAUUCUACGAGAAGGGCUUGUGUCUACGUCCCAGCAUGUGGAAUUAUUUUCAAAGCAAAUCGCAUCGACGACGUCCGAUUUUGGAAGAACAUCCGGAUCCUACCAUAAUGCGACAAAACGCCAUCUGAAUUCUAUUCAACAUGCAAGCUCCGCCCUUGCUGCAGAAGGUACCAAAGAUGAUAUUCCUACUGGGACUACGCCACGUAAAAGGACUUGGAAUUACGUUGAUCAGUGGGAAUUGACCAAGGACAGGGAAGACAUCUUGAAAGCGUGGAGAGAACGGCUGGUGCCCCCAAAGGAGGCCUUGGUGGAGGAUGAUGAGUGCGAGGAAAAUUGGGAAGUCCCUGCCUUG